UCCGCCAUGCAGCACGCCCUAGCACGUUCGGAAGAGGAAAGUCCUCUCCUCUCAACCGCCAGCAGACGUGAUGAUGAUAGUGAGGAAGAGCAGGAAGUAGCAGACGCCGAGGAAGCACCUGCAAUAUCGAGGUCCCGAGGCGCUUUGAUUGUCGGAUCAAUUGGGUUUCUGAUCUUUCUCCAGGCCACAAAUAUCUCCAUCCUCACUACGACUCAGUCCUCCAUCGCCGCGGACCUAGACGCUUUCGAGCAAGCAAUAUGGUUCACCUCCUCUUACCUCAUUGCCAUGUCUUCUCUUGCCCCGCUCAUGGGCAGGCUAUCUCAAGUCUUUUCCCCUCGCAUGUGUAUGUUUUGUUCGACCAUCAUUCUAUGUCUCGGCUGCACCUUGACAGCUUCCGCAAACACGUUCAAGAUGUUCAUUGGUGGUCGAGUCUUGACUGGAGCAGGCGGGGCGGGCAUUUUAAUCGUUGCGACCAUCAUCGCCGUCAAAACCACUAGCCCUCAGAAGCGGGGACUGUAUAUUGGAUUGGCAAACUCGGGCAUGACGGUUGGCGUAUCGCUAGGGGCUGUCAUUGCUGGCGCCUUGGAGCCGAAGAUCGGUUGGAAACCUCUCUUCGGAAUACAAGCACCGCUCAGUCUUGUCGCGGGUUUUGGAUUACUUCUUGGUAUCCCAGCAGACAUGGCUCCCAAAGGUAACAACUUCGAACACACCAGCCUACGGAGUAAGCUUAAGAGCAUCGACUACUCAGGCGCACUGCUCUUGAUUGUGACGAUCACCCUGUUUCUUCUUGGGCUUUCUGGACCUAGCAUACUCGUAACACCCCUCAUUCUUUCUGGACUUGCUCUUCCCGUAUUCGUCCUCAACGAGAUCUAUGUGGCCAAGGAUCCUGUCAUUCCCAUCGCGGUCUUGCGAUCCAGAGGUACGCUACUAUCGUGUCUAGCUACCGUCGGAUUCAUGAUGGCGCGAUGGGGGGUUCUUUUCUACACUCCCGUAUACGCACUCGCAGUGCGUGGCUGGGACCCUGCUGUCGCAGGUUCAAUUCUGAUCCCUACCAAUCUUGGUUUCGCAUCCGGCGGCUUGUUAGCUGGUAUCUUCCACAUUCGCAGAAACGGCAGUUUCUACAUUCACAGUGUCGUCUCGAUGGUGCUGUUCCCCCUCACGUUCCUCGUUUUGGCUUUCAUCUCGAACGCGACGAGCGAUUGGGCUUUGUACGUGAUCAUGGUGUUCUGCAAUGGUGCUAUCGCUGGUGCGUCUCUCAACUACACCCUUGUACACCUCUUACACCUCACCCUUCCGGAUGUCCAUCCUGUUGUCAUAUCUCUUCUAGCCACGUUCCGGGGAUUUGCAGGCAGCUUCGGUUCCGCGAUCGGUGGGGGUCUUUUCGGGCGCGUACUCCACAAAUCGCUCGUGGACGGCUUCGCCAAUGCAGGACUUGAAGACCGUAGUGAUUUGAUCCGGAGACUUCAGGGGAGUCCCGCGACAGUUCCCCUGCUCCACGGGAAAGAGAAGGAAGUGGCAGUAUCCGCAUAUGAAGAUGCGUUGAGAUCGCUCUUCUUUGGAGCUGUCGGCCUGACUGUGGUCGUAGCUGUGGCCCAAGCUGGAACAGGUUGGAAAGCACCAAAGAAAACGUACGAGCAACUCUCCGAGGAAGAGGAAGUCGAAGGCCAGGAAGGUCUUUUUGGGGGCUCUUAG